AUGUCUCUAGCAGUAGAAACGGUUGUUACCGAGCCUUACAAUGACCAAAAGCCAGGUACUUCGGGGCUUCGUAAGAAAACAAAGAUCUUCAUGGAGAAGCCACACUAUACUGAGAAUUUCAUUCAGUCUAUACUCGAUGCAAUCCCUGAAGGCUGUAAGGAUGCCACUUUGGUGGUAGGAGGAGAUGGUCGUUACUAUAACGAUGUCAUUUUGCAGAAGAUUGCAGCAAUCUCGGCGGCCAAUGGCGUUCGCAAGUUAGUUGUUGGGCACAACGGUCUAUUAUCUACGCCUGCUGCUUCCCAUAUAAUCAGAACAUAUCAGGAUAAGAGUCUUAAGAAGGUAACAGGUGGUAUUAUCUUGACCGCAUCUCACAAUCCUGGUGGCCCUGAAAAUGACAUUGGUAUCAAGUACAACUUGGCUAAUGGUGGCCCCGCUCCGGAGUCCGUCACUAAUGCAAUCUGGGAAGUGUCUAAGAAAUUGACAUCCUAUAAGAUCGUCAAAGAUUUUCCAACUAUUGAUUUGAGCACUCUGGGGGAAAAAUCAUAUGGUCCUCUUGUCAUCGAUGUCGUCGACACAACAAAGGCGUACGUCGAAUUCCUUCGCGAAAUUUUCGACUUCGAUUUGAUCAAGAAGUUUGUCGACUCCCAGAGGAAAACCAAGAACUGGAAAUUGCUCUUUGACGGGCUCAAUGGUGUCACCGGUCCCUACGGAAAAGCAAUUUUCGUCGACGAAUUGGGAUUACCUGAGAACGAAGUCCUGCAAAACUAUCACCCCAAGCCCGAUUUCGGCGGUAUUCACCCAGAUCCCAAUUUAACAUAUGCUCGUACUUUGGUCGACAGAGUUGACAAGGAGAAAAUAGAGUUUGGUGCAGCUUCCGAUGGUGAUGGUGAUAGAAACAUGAUUUACGGUUAUGGGCCUGCCUUCGUCUCACCUGGUGACUCCGUCGCCAUCAUAGCUGAGUACGCCAAGGAAAUCCCAUACUUUGCAAAACAGGGUAUUUAUGGUUUGGCUCGCUCCUUCCCAACAUCCGGCGCAAUUGACAGAGUUGCUGCCAAGCAAGGUCUGAAGUGCUACGAAGUUCCAACGGGAUGGAAGUUUUUCUGUGCUUUGUUCGACGCCAAGAAGUUGUCAAUUUGCGGUGAAGAAUCAUUUGGCACAGGUUCCAAUCACGUUAGAGAAAAAGAUGGUAUGUGGGCUAUUAUCGCCUGGUUGAAUAUCCUGGCCAUUUACAAUAAGCACAAUCCAGAAAAGGAAGCCUCUAUCAAGACAGUUCAGGAAGAAUUCUGGCUCAAGUACGGUCGGACUUUCUUCACACGUUACGAUUAUGAGCAUGUGAGUUCCGAGAAAGCCAAAGACAUCGUCAAGCAUCUUGAAAAAUUCGUGAAUACGCCGAAUGUGGUUACCUCCAAGUUCCCAACAGAUGAAACCCUGACUGUUGAGGCAGCGGGCGACUUCCAGUACACCGAUUUAGACGGUUCGGUUUCCGCCAACCAGGGUUUGUAUGUCAAGCUAUCAAACGGUGCAAGGUUCGUGGUGAGAUUGUCCGGUACAGGUUCUUCCGGUGCCACUAUCAGACUUUACAUCGAAAGGUACACGGACGACAAGAGCAAAUAUGGUCAAACUGCCGAAGAGUUCUUAAGACCCGUGAUCGAUUCCGUCGUUGAGUUCUUGAAGUUCGAAGAGGUGCUCGGUUACUCAGAACCAACGGUGAAGACCUAG